AUGAAAUCAACCAAAAGGAUCGCUGUACUCGGAGGGGGCGCUGCAGGCCUCGCUGUGCUCAAAGUCCUCCUUGAACUGCCCCAAGUGAGGGACAAGUCAUGGCAUGUUGUCUGCUAUGAAGCGAGGGAAGAUAUCGGCGGUGUAUGGCUGCCCGCGCCUCCGACAGACGAUCCCCCCCUCACUCCGCUCUAUGACUCGCUUACUACAAACCUCCCCCAUCCGAUAAUGGCCUACCAAUCCCUCCCCUUUCCCAGCUCGACACUCCUCUUCCCUCCUGCCUCCGCCGUGCUCGCAUACCUCCGAUCAUAUGCUACUACCUUUGGGCUCCUGCCGUUCAUACGCCUAGGACGGCGGGUAGAGGACAUGCGCUGGGAUGCAGAAGAGCGCUGUUGGGAGCUGAAGGUCGCCCCUGGAGGACAGGGAGAGGCAAGGAAGCACUAUGAUGCUGUCAUAGUGUGCAACGGGCAUUAUUCACUCCCACACUACCCUAGCACACUGGGGUUCGAUGCCUGGCGCACUCAGGGCAAGGUCACCAUUACUCACUCGGCAUUCUAUCGGAACCCCGAGCCAUGGAAGGACAAGAUCGUGCUGGUCAUGGGCGGUGGACCAAGCGGGAGCGACGUCAGUGCUGAAGCCGCCUCCGUCGCUAAGAAGGUCUACCACUCCGUCUCUGGCUUUGUGAGUGAAGAUGUGGGGAACGUUAGCCGACGACCGAGGGCGAAGGAGUUCAGGCAGGACGGCUCGGUCUUGUUCGAAGAUGGAAGCGUAGCGCAAGACAUCGAUUCCGUCAUCCCGGCCACAGGAUAUCAAUACGACUACCCCUUCAUCUCGCCUCCCUUGCUGGUGCACAGCACUCUCCCGCUCGGUCCGGGGCCCACCCCACCGCAGCACGUAGGAAAUGACACGAACCACGUAUAUGCACUCGCCCGGCAUCUCUGGCCUCUUCAACAAGAUUUCCCAACUCACACCCUGGCGUUCAUCGGUCUCCCUGCUAGGGUGAUCCCCUUUCCCAUCUUUGAGGUUCAGGCGAGGUGUGUCGUCCGUGUUCUGCUGCAUCCUUCGGCUUUGGACAUCCCGCACGAGCUUGAAUUAGUGCGUGCAAGGGACGUAGAGCUGCGAGAACAGUGUGCGGGUAACCAGCGGGAGGUGUCCAAGUCCUGGCAUCGACUGCCGGAUGAAGAACAGUUUGCAUACAGAGAGGAGCUCCUCGCUUUCGCCCGGUUGCGCAAGGGAGAAUGGGCAGUCGAAGACUGGGCGAGGGAGAUGUACCCCGUUAAAGGGGAGCUGAGGAAGGAAUGGAGAGAGAUCGAGCGUAGGGGGGAGGGUAAACGCUGGGUCCACGGUGUGGGAGAGGGGGGAGUGAGCGAGUGGAUCGAUCUGAUGAGGAGGGUUCUGAAGGAGGCGAGGAGGAGGGAGGCGAGGGGACAGAAUAUCAAUGGGUUGGAGAAGGUAGAGGAUCUAGGGAAAGUCUAG